AUGCUGGGAUCUUUACCUGUGGUGACGCUGAGCGCUGAGACUUUAAACCAUUCGUUGGUCGUUAACACGUCAAUCACGCGACCACCAAACGACCCACCAAAAUAUUCUAUGAUCCAAGAUGUCCACGUGAUGAUAUUUAUCGGUUUUGGUUUUCUAAUGACCUUCUUGAAAAAAUAUGGAUUUUCUAGCGUCAGUUUCAAUCUUUUGACUGCUUCUCUUGGUAUUCAGUGGGCCAUGAUAAUCCGAGGACUUCUCCACUCAUUUGACUCCCAAACGAAAACGAUUUUAAUUGACUAUAGCUCAAUGAUGACUGGGGACUUUGCUGUGGCGACAUGUCUUAUCUCAUUUGGAGCCGUUCUGGGAAAAACCAGUCCAUUACAAAUCCUCGUUAUGAUGUUGCUAGAGAUCGUCUUUGCACAGGUCAAUGAAUAUAUCGGGCUCGACAAAUUAUAUGCUGUCGAUAUUGGUGAAUCCAUGUAUCUUCAUACAUUUGGCGCCUAUUUUGGUCUGGCUGUAGCUCGAGUUCUGCACAAAGAAGAUAUUGAAGACAACCCCAAAGAAGGCAGUGUCUACAAUUCAGAUCUUUUUGCAAUGGUUGGUACAGUGUUUUUGUGGAUAUUCUGGCCAAGUUUCAACAGUGCCGGAGCAGCAACGGCCGAAGCCCAGCAGAGAGCAGUCCUGAACACACUUCUCUCUCUCUGUUCACAUUCAAAAAAUUCGACAAUCGCUGGAGGUGUGGCUGUUGGCGCAUGCGCUGAUACUUUGACAGCCCCAUGGGUAUCACUGCUCGUGGGAAGUUUGGUUGGAAUACUUUCUGUGGCUGGUUUCAAAUAUCUUUCUCCAUUGAUGUCUAAAUACACGAAAAUUCACGAUACUUGUGGAGUUCACAAUUUGCACGGAAUGCCUGGUGUUUUUGCCGGCAUUGUAGCAGCACUAGUGGCUUAUACUGUGACAGACGAUACGUACAAGAACAUUCCCUUAGACACCUUCUAUCCGGCGCGUAAUAACGCGACAGAAAAUAGGACCGGAUUUCAACAAGGUGCCUACCAGAUUGCAGCGCUCGCUGUAACUAUUGCUUUUGCCUUUGUUAGUGGAAUCUUCACCGGUCUAGUGCUAAAAUUACCCAUUUGGAACGAACCUAAAGACGAUGAACUUUACGAUGACUGCCAAAAUUGGCUCCUUCCAGAAGAGGAGGAAAAGAAAGAAAUGAUGAACGGGAAAUCGUUUGCAUCCUCCGUGCAAUCCGUACCGGAAAAACCUGAGGAAGACACACAGACAACUCGCAUUUAG